AGGUGAUGCGAGCGACCACGACCGGCAACUUAGUUGACAGCCACCCCUCCAUCUAUGGAGAUGAACAGUGAGCAAUUCGUAUCACCCGGCGGGUGCUUCACGUAUCUUAGAGGAGACUGGCAUCACCUAUUAAACGAAUAGCUAGCCGGUCGCACCUUCUUUCGCCUUUUUUUUUGAGCCAAGAUCACACACACACGCACUCUCCCUCUCUCUCUUCCCUCUGUGGUUGUGUGUGAGGAUGUCUGUGAAGUCUUGGACACUCGAUCUGUCGGGGAUGAGAAGGCGAGUUCGCGGGGGAUAGCGUGUUCCAUCUUUUUACUUCUCCUCCCUCUAAGGGUUUCGUUUCGUUGCGCUUUCUUUCUCUCUCCUCUAUUCCUUCUGAGUAGGGGUCUCCUCGGUUUAUGGUGCGAGUUUGGAAUUGGUAAUUGGCUCACUGAGAUAUUCUCUUAGUUAAGAUUGUGAACGGGUAAGGAUAUCUCUCUGCAAUUCAUUGCCAUUUGGCUUAGAGAUUGAAAGUUUGGGAUUUUUUCUUCGUCUUUUCCCCAUAUUUGGGCCUCUUCAAAUUUCGGAGUUCGACCGUGCAGAUCGUGAUCUCCUUUUCUCUCUCUCUCUCUCUAGCUAGUUCUUUGUCUUGUAAUCGAUCAGUGGUUGAAGUUUCUGAUCUUGUGGACGUGGUGAGAGAUUUGAGUUUUGAAAAGGGUUUCCUUAUCUCUUCUGUAUUUCCUUUUCUCGUUUCUUGUUUUCUUUAAAUUGUUUUUGCUCCCCGGGAAUGUCGGGAGCGGGAUUACAAUUCGGGCGGGGUCAGGGAGAGGACAAAUUAUGCAAUCCGUUAAGGUUUCGCCGGAAUCAGCAUCUCCAGAGGGCACUGAGGAGUGCCGGGAUCACGAUUGCAGAUCCAAAGCAGGCUGCCACGCCGCGUCAGAGCCGGGAAACAGAGAACCGGGCUACACAGGAGGAAUCCUCGAAGACGGUUCCUGCAUCCGUGCCCUCCCCAAGCUCGCAGCUAAGACCCCCCUACGGAAACUUUGAGCGGUUUCUCGAGUCGACAACGCCCCGCGUGCCUGCUCAAUAUUUGUCGAAGACGAGGAUGAGGGGGUGGAGGACGUGUAGUAUGGAUUUUCAGCCUUUUUUCACACUUGGCGAUUUGUGGGAAUCUUUCAAAGAGUGGAGCGCUUACGGUGCAGGAGUGCCACUGGUCUUAGAUGGCAAUGAAUCUGUAGUUCAAUAUUACGUGCCAUACUUGUCUGCGGUCCAAAUUUAUGCUGAUUCAUCCAGGACCACAAUGAGACAGGGGCGGCAGGGUGAAGAUAGUGAUGGUGACUGUUAUAGGGAUUCUAGUAGUGACGGAAGCAGCGAUUAUGAAUUUGAGAGGGGUUUUACUCAUUCCAAAGAGCAACAGGAUCAACACCAUUCUGUCAUGGAGGCCACUAUUAGAAUGGAGAGAUUAUCUGCAAGGCCAAAGAAUUUGGUGUUUCAGGAAGAACUUUCUAGUGAUGACAGUGAUGGUGGAAACUCUCAAACACCUUGCCUCAUUUUUGAGUUUCUUGAACAAGAUCCACCAUAUAGUCGUGAACCAUUGGCAGACAAAAUUGCAGACCUGACUCGUAGAUUUCCUGAGCUGAAGACACUUAAAAGUUGUGAUUUGCUGGCAGCAAGUUGGAUUUCUGUAGCAUGGUAUCCUAUAUACAGAAUACCAACAGGGCCAACACUAAGGGAUUUAGAUGCUUGUUUCUUGACUUAUCAUUCACUUGCAACACCCAUGACUGGUAGAGCCAGAAACCAGCCCCCAGUUGUGAAUCCCUUGCACACGUUCCAGGGAUCUCCCAUGAUCUCAUUGCAAAUCUUUGGCUUGGCAGCGUACAAGUUCAAGAGCUCAGUAUGGAUGGCAAAUGCAGGGAGCGAGCGCCAUCUAGCAAACUCCUUACUACAGGCUGCUGACAACUGGUUGAGGCUGGUUCAGGUCGUCCAUCCCGAUUUCCAAUUUUUUGCUUCACAUGGCAUGCUGCAGAGAUGAAACUUGAGCAUAAAACUUUUCCUGUUCCUUUCACUCUGCAAGUGUGAGAGAACUCUGCUUGCAGAAUCCGCAUAAAGUUAUCCAGGUGGCGUCCAGGCUCAUUAUCAAGCACGCUAUGAUAAAUCAUGCAGUUUGCCUAGUGGAUUUGUGUUUCCUGUGUUCCCUAAAAUAGGACCAGAAAAGCUAAAUACAUGACCAAGGAAAAGGAAAAACUGGUGACAGAAAAAUGGCGAUCACAGUGGAGCCAGAACAGAAGUUAAAAACAUCCCGAAUAAGGUUUCUGCUGCUGUCAACAGUUAAUCAGAAAAUCAGACCAUGUUUAUGAGGGUGUCGACUUGGCUUUUGAUGCUUGGUUCAAGUUUCUUAUUUGCUUCUGUGCUGAAUGAUCGACCAAAGGAAAGCUGUUCUGUCAAGUCACUGUCCUGCUGUGAGCAAUGUCGGCUAAUGAGAAGAAGCAUUUUCACGGUUUUCAUGGAAAUCUAGAUAAUGUCUUUUAUCUUUUUGGGAUUGGCUAUUAAGCUUAUUUGUGAACGGGAAAGGGUAGAAGAAUGUUGUGUCAGGGCAUAGACACAUCAUUUGUCAAGAAAACUCCUAACAUAGACCACGAUAUGAAAAGACCACUCAAGGGCCACAAAAAUACAAUCUCAAUCA